UCGGAGCGCGCUGGGACAGCGGGAGGUGGCCCUGCCAUGGCACGGGUGGCACCGGGCGCUCGUUAAGGUCCCUCGCAGCCCGAACCAUUCCAAGGUUCCACGGCCCCGGGCUGCCCCUCUGUGACAUCAGCCCGGCCCGGGGGCACCGCGGGGCCCUGGGGCUGCAGGUGCCACCUCUGCUCCGGCUCUGCCGCCUGCUGCGCUGGCACCGAUGGCUCUGCUGGGGCUGCUCGUCCUGCUGGGCCUGGCCGGGCCCGCGGGGGGCACCUGGGACACCUGCAGAGGCACCUGCGGGCUCCGGCCCAUGGCGUCUGACCACAGCUCGCUGGUUCAGGAUUCCAAGCCCUCAGACGGUGACCACGGAGCCUUGGGUUCUUCUUCCAACGCCACUUCCCUCACCAAGAGCGGCCCCGGUGUCCCUUCAGGGACCUGGCCCGGCAUUGUCAGCAUCCAGGCCACGCUGGAGAACGGCACGUGGCACAUGUGCUCGGGGGCCCUCAUCCACCCCCAGUGGGUCCUCACGGUGGCCCACUGCUUCUUCAGGCCUGGGAACAUCUCCAGGUGGGAGGUGGUGAUCGGGGCCACGGAUCUCACCCAGCCGGGCCCCGAGGUCGAGCUGCGCCACAUCCGGAGGCUCCUGGUGCACCAGCACUACGUGGCCACCGCGGCCAGGAACAACAUCGCCCUGCUGGAGCUGGCGCAGCCCGUGGAGUGCAGCGACUACAUCCAGCUGGCCUGUGUGCCCGACAGCUCCCUGGCAGUGCCCGAGCUGAAAACCUGCUACAUCGCGGGCUGGAGAGCCGCCCCGGGCAGCGCUCCCGGCCCGCGCCUGGCGCUGCAGGAGGCCAAGGUCCGGCUGAUGGACGCCCAGCUGUGCAACAGCAGCCGCUGGUACGGGGGGGCCCUGCACCCCCAGGACCUGUGCGCGGGGUACCCGCGGGGCGGCAUCGACACCUGCCAGGGGGACAGCGGGGGUCCCCUGGUCUGCAAGGACAACGUCGGUGACUACUUCUGGCUCGUGGGAUUGGCCAGCUGGGGCAGAGGCUGUGCCGGAGAGAAACGACCUGGGAUCUUCACCUCCACCCAGCACUUCCAUGGAUGGAUCCAGGCCCAGUUGGGAUUGGCCUCAGGAGACUCAGCCCCGCCAACACCAGAGCCAGCCGUGACCUCAACCCCAACCCCCACCCCAACUACGACCCCCACCCUGGCCACAAACCCGACCCCCACCCCGACCCCGACCCCGACCACGACCCCAACCCCCACCCCGACCCCCACCCCAACUGUUAAUGAGGAGCCACCAGAACCAGAACUGGAACCAGAACAAGAAUUGGAAUUGCAGCCAGAACCUGACACGUUUAUAACAAUUUCACUCCCCGAAGACAUCCUGCUGAGAUUCCUUGGGAUCCUGCAGAAGAUCUUGGAGUUCCUGAAGGACAAAAUGGGUUGA